UGAAACAAGAGAUGGUGAAGAUAGAUCGAUGUGAAAAGUGCAGAUUUGAUCGGCACCGCUGUCCAGCCAAUUGUAGGUAUGCGCAGUUCUUCCCUCUUGGUACAGAUGAUGACUAUAAAGCCGUUCAUAAGGUUUUUGGCGCGAGAAAGUUUCUGAGUAUAGUGGACAGAGCUGACCCAGAACAGAACAUAGCUUCCCAGUCACUGAUUAGACAGGCAAGAGCCAGAGUGGCAGAUCCUGUAAAUGGACUUGGUGGAUCUGCUAUGCAACUCAGAGGCCAGGUGAACCAGCUUCGAGCUGAGCUGAUUUCGGUAGGAAUUCCCAUCCGAGGAGAUAUUGUUCCACAGGAACCACCGAGGAGAUGUUGUUCCACAGGAACCACCGGAGGAAGAACAACCAGUGCAGAACGGGAGAUCUUGUGGGGCUUGCAGGCAUCUGAAAAAAACGUGUCCAUCAAUCUGUCCUCUACGAGCAGUAUUCACUCCUCAAAGGAGUGAUGACCUUGACGAUGUUAAGGCUUUUUACGGCGUUAGGCAAUUUGUCAGUAACAUGAAAAAGGCCCCCCCCCCCCCCCCCCCCCUGAAAACAGGCGAUUGGCAGCUGAGACAAUGGUUCUGGAGGCUAGGGCUUGGUAUGAUUUACCAGGCACAGGAAUUGAAGGACUAGUUAAUAUCCUAAAUCUGCAAGUGCAGAGUCUUCUUAAAAGGAAACCGAACUAGGCCAAGAGGCCUCCUAAGAAGACGUUUUGGUUAAAAUGAAUCUGUUUUUAACAUUACGAAAACGGAGAGAUGAUGUACUGUCGCAUACAAAGGAUUGCAUCAAGUGGAAUGAAGUUGUCUAGAAGCAUUCAUUUCAGUUUUGAAUUCAAAUCUUGUCUGAAGGUCAAAUUUUAUUUUCAUCUCGUAGUUCCAAUGGUAUUAAAAGUUCAUCGACUGAUGCUUCCGUUCCUUUGUCAAAUGUUAUAUAAUUCUACUGCUUUUGUUCUGCUGCUUCUGCUCAUACAAUGGUGCUGCGAGACUCGUUUCUUCUCUUGUUCUUCUGCAGCUUGAAGUGAUGUGACUGUAAGUAACAGGUUUGAAAUGUGUGUUUGUUAUUUUUUACACUUGAAACUUAUUUGUUGUUAUCAGUUUGAGGGUCAUUUGAUUUUGUUUCUAGUUGUUCAUAGUUCAAGCUUUACUCUGUUUGUAAAGGCUCGAGGGGUAUGUAAGAGUAUACUGUCAAUGUUAGUAAAUACAUUGCGUCAGGUAUUUGUAUACCAUUAUAUGAAUUCCAAUUUUACGAACAACAU